UCUACCAAUGAGCUUACUUUGCAUUGGUGGGCAUCUGGCCUUUGCAACGUAAAGAGUCCAUUUUUAGAGAUUUUAUGAAAGAAGAGGAAGUGAAAACGUUUGUAUGAAGUGCCAGCAAGAAUCUGUUAGACAGUCUGUGUAUGAGGCAUCAGAAGAAAGAUUUGUAAUUGAUUUAACCAGUUGUGAGUUGUGCUCAUAUCGAAGACGCAGUGCUGUGCGGACUUUAGUAAACGUGCCAUGUAAUAAGAGCAAUGUCUGACGUCGCAGCUGAGGAAUAUGCCUCGUCGCUCUCGGAUCUUACGGUGAACAGUAAACCCCUGAUCAACAUGCUGACCAUGCUCGCCGAGGAUAACAUCGAACACGCACCUGCUAUUGUUCAAGCCGUGGAAAAACAUCUCCAAAAGGUGCCGAGUGAUAUCAAGCUGCCUGUUCUCUAUCUCAUCGAUUCCAUCGUCAAGAAUGUUGGACAUGCCUACAUUCCACUCUUCACCCAGAACAUUGUAUCAACAUUCUGCAGCGUGUUUGAAAAGGUGGAUGAGAAGACAAGAGCCCAGAUGUUCAAGUUGCGCCAGACUUGGAAUGAUGUUUUUCCUGCCAAGAAGCUUUAUGCUGUGGAUCUGAGAGUCAGCUCAAUCGAUCCUGCUUGGCCUAUCACUGCUCCAAAACCUACUAACUUGAUACAUAUAAAUCCAAGAUUUCUGUCCAAAGUGGCACCGCAGUCUACAGGUGUUCCUGGUGCCGCUCCAGCUGUUCCUACCGUUGCCGCUGCUGCUGCAGUUAAUGCUGCACCUGCUCCAGCUCUCAGGCCUUCUUCACACCCAGCCUUGCGAAGGCCUGCUGCUGUGUCAAGUACUGCUGCAGCUGCUGCUUCAGAAGCUGAAAUGCGUGAACAGCUGCUGAAGAAACAAAAAGAGUUGUUGGAACUGCAGCAGCGAAAACUAGAACUGGAAUUACUUCAGACAAAGGCAAAGUUAGAGGAGCAGCAAAAACAGCUGGAAAGACAAACAGGCAACUUGCAUACAGACCAAGUUCAGCCAGUUGUGGCACCAGUUGGAAAAGAUGCCUUAAGGUCGCAUACUGGAGUUAAUGAUGGCAGACAGGUGGCAGUGGCUGCACCUGUUGUGAGCAGCACAGUAAAUGAGAAACUACCAUCUGGCAAGCUACCGCGCAACAAGACUUCCACACUUCCACGGCAGUCACGAGAUCCACGACUAGCACGAACACGUGGUGGUACAGCUGCUGCAGCAGCAGCAGCAGCAGCAGCAGCUGCUGCUGCUGCUUCCACUGCUGGUGUCCCUCUUUCCACUGCACCUGAUAGUGGAGCUCUCACUUCCUCACAACGUAAUAUUAAGGAAUCCCGUCUUGUACGAAAAGAUCCACGGCUAGAAGUAAGACAGCCGUCUCCUUCCACUUCUGCCAGUCAGUUGGAUGUUAAACAACCUUUAGAUGCGGUGGUGCCAACUCCAGCUCCCCAGCGACACCGUGGGUCCCGUGUACCUGUUUCAGCUGUAGUUGCAAAUGGCCGUGAUUCAGCAAGUCGAACAGCCACUGUUACCAGAGCUGAAUCUCCAGCAUCGCUUGUUGUAUCAAACGUAGCAGAGAAAAAUGUCUCUACAACAGCCAGCCGUCCAUCUCCAAAGAAACGGGAGAGGGAAAGAGAGAAGGAAAAAGAGAGAGAAAGAGACAAGGAAAAAGAGAGGGAAAGAGAGAAAGAAAAAGAGAGAGAAAAAGAAAAGGAAAAAGAACGUGAAAAGGAAAAGGAGAGGGAGCGAGAACGAGAAAAAGAAAGGGAGAAGGAGCGAGAGAAGGAAAGGGAGAGGGAGCGAGAACGAGUGGAAAGGGAGCGAGAACGAGAGAAGGAAAGGGAGCGAGAGCGAGAACGGGAGAAGGAGAGGGAACGAGAACGGGAGAAGGAACGAGAACGAGAGGAGAGGGAGCGAGAGAAGGAAAGGGAGCGUGAACGAGAGAGAGAGCGAGAGAAGGAGAGGGAGCGGGAGCGAGAGCGAGAGAAGGAGAGGGAGCGAGAACGAGAGAAGGAGAGGGAGAGGGAUCGAGAACGAGAGAAGGAGCGGGAGAGACAAAAAGAGAAGGACCGAGGGAAGGAUCAUGAAGUUGACAUCAGUAGGAUGGUGCCGCCAAGAGGAAACAGAUUGAGACAAACUUCUCCACGAAAUUCCGGCCCUGUUCCUGAACUUCCUGAACCUGACGUUAUAUCUUCUCCCUCGCCACCUUCACCACCACGUAUUAGUGUUCCAGCAGUCUCAAGUCCUGUGACUACUAUAUUCAAAGAUGUGAAAUCACCACGCAAAGGACGCAGUUUUCGUAAGAGACGUGAAGGCUCGAUGUCACCUUCACCUCCAGGAGCUCAGCCAUCUUCAGCUGAUGUUGAUCUUCGUGGACCACCUCCUGAUAAAGUGUCUAGGCUUUCUCUCUCUCCUAAAUGUGUAGAGCCCCAUGUUGAUGCCGAAACAAAAGAUGUGGAUUUGAGGCCGUUAACACGUGGAUCUCCCUCAAAGAAGAGGCAGUCUGCUGAACGUUCUGAACAGCCACCUCUUAAGAGGUCGAAGGCUGAAAUGAUUGAUGUAUUGUUUGGGAGCGAGGAGUUGUUUGGAAGUGAAGAUGUCGAUCUCCGGACUCUGGCACCCAUUGCUGUAGCACCUUUAGCACCUUCGCCACCGCCCCCAGCUGCCAUUUCUCGUUCAUCGCCAUCACCACCAGCCUCUACAGGUGCUCCGCCUCAGUCACCAACUUCCCCUUCCGCACCAGCAGCUGCUACAGGAAAAGGCUACGAACAUGGUGUAGCUGGUUGGGCACAAUUAAAAGAAGCACAUCCAGACGCUUAUAAAUCACCAGCAACUCCAGUGCCAUCACAGAGUCACAACCCUACUGACAGGCAAGCUGCGCAGAUGAAUUUAUUUGAACGGCCUUAUGAUAGACUGGGAAGACCAUUACUGUAUCGCAAACUUCAAGAAGAGCAACGAGCUAUAAUUGCAUCAGGUGAAGAUACAGAUAUGAGAAUGUUAAGAAUGGAUUCUGAUAUUGAUUUAAAUAUCAACAUGAUUAUUGCCCAGGCAGAAGAGCAGUUGAAGAGUGGCAACAUUUCAUUCAAAGAAUAUAACACAUUGCUAAAGCAGGCAAUCCAUAUCAAUGAGAUCCAGAAGCUACGUGAAGCUCAGCGCCGAGAUGCACAAGAAAACAAAGAAAACUGGGGAGCAAAUAAUGUUCCAGUAGCAAAUGUUGGAACAACUGUUAGGAGGGCUCAUACUUCAUCACCACUUUCUACUGAUGAUGCCAACAGGGAUUCUAGAGGAUCUCCACCUUGCUCAAGUGCUGGUGCUCGCUUUGGGGACAUUGAUGAGAGGUUUCCUGGAGGCACUCUGCCACUGCCACCACCUCCUGUGCAAUGGCCAGCACCUCAGGGUGCAGCUAUGCCCCGCCACCCAACAUGGCUGGAACAGCCACCGUGGGGUGCUCGUCCUCCACCCACAUCAACAGCUCCUCCUGUUCGACAUCAGCCACCACCAUUUCGAAGAGCACCAGACUUUCCUCCACCGAACUUUCGUUGGAGGCAGUAUGGGCCCGGGCCAGGUCCAGGUCCUGGCCAUGGUCCAAGGUUGCCUUAUGAUGCUCAGGAGGAUGCUCAUAGAUUUGAUCGAUUUCCUGGAAACCGUUUCACACGGCCACCACCACCACUCCCACCACAGCAUCAGCAUUCACACCCACCGCAGCCGUCGCAGCAGCAACCACUGCUACCUGAUCCUGUUAACACAUCACAAGCACCUGCGACUGAACUUCCUCCUGCAGAUCCAUUGCUUCUUGAUCUGAUUGCCCAGGACUCAAUGCGGACAAUAAAUAUUGAUCGUAUCCCACGUGAAAUUCGCUUUUAUGGUGAUACUGCUGUCGUUCUUUUAGCUUGGGAUGACCCCCGUGAAAUAAGUUUCCAAGGUGGUGUGAGGCGGGUUACUUUUGAUGAUCGCGAGAGUGUUAUUUGUGCCUUCAAUGAACCUUAUCGUGACUUCACACUAGAUGGACAGACACACAGGAUAAGGUUAGGAGCUCCUACUAGAGAGUUGUACAUAGAUGGGAAGUGGUAUGAAUGUUUCUUUGGCGGACCACCUGUAAAUAUUGAUAUUGGUGGCAAAAUCCGAUCUGUCAAACUUGAUGGACCUCCACCUCAUGUAAAAAUUGGAUUUGUCAAACGAACUGACCUAGUUGCUGGCAAGAUCAACCUUAUCAUAGAUGCUCGCACUAUGGUACCAGUCUUCCUUGAUGCCAAGCCACAAAGGUUUGAUGUUGAGAAUAAACCUCAUGUUCUUCGUUUCGUUGACAAACUCAAAACAGUUCUUCUGAAUGGAAGACCAUUUGAAGUAGAAUUUGGUGGUCUGCCAAAACCAAUAGUGGCUCGAGGGAGGAAACAUUUUGUGCGCUUCUCGGUACUUCCACAAGGCGUUCGCCCUGGUUAUGUGAAUAUUGUUAAUAUGGACACUAUGGAAGAUAGACGGCUACCAUCUCCAGAAACUGGAUCUGUAGGUGGUGAUGCCGAACCAUCACGGCAGUCUCUUCCGGUACGGUCAGAUGGCCAUUCUCCUGUAUUACCCAUGCUCGGUGCAUCAUCGCGGCGGAAGGUCGAACGAGAACAGGGACGAGAUUCUCCGGAAAGUUCAGGUGCCAGAAAUUCACCAACAGUUGGCAUAACGACGACUGUAGAUAAUAGUGCAGUCACAUCUUUUGGUACUGUUCCAGCAUUAACUGCCCAGCACCCAACUCCUGGCCAACUUCCACUGGAGAUGCUGACAAGUUUGAUUCCAGCAUCAAUGGCCCCUGCUGCUGCUUCAGGUGUUGGGUAUUGUGUGGAACAGCAAGAUUCAAGUACCACACAGCCACAGCAACAGUCACAGUCACAGCAGCAGCAGCAACAGCAGCAGACUGCAUCAUCAAGCACGUUGUCAUUGCUGCCAGGAUUAGGAGAAGUUAAUGUUGAGGAAUUAUUCCGCAAGCUUGUUGCUACAGGAAUUGUACCAGCAGGUCACAGUACCUCAGGAACAGGGGUAGCUGAGGAGAAAAAGACUGCAGAUGAUCCGGCCACCCAGAUCAAACCAGUUGACUUUUCUCAGCCAGAAACACUAAGAGUACGGCAACCUGCUCUUGUGGCACAGUUAUACUCAGGGAUUCAAUGCAGCUCUUGUGGUGUGCGUUUCCCACCUGAGCAUACAAUGAAGUAUUCACAGCACUUGGAUUGGCACUUCAGACAGAACAGGAGAGAACGUGACAGCACGAGAAAGGCUCAGAGUCGCAAAUGGUAUUAUGAUGUCUCAGACUGGAUCCAGUUUGAGGAAAUUGAAGACCUUGAAGAGAGAGCUCAAAGUUGGUUUGAGACCCAGCAGGCAGGAGCAGCUGGAACAUCUGAAGAAUCUUCAAAUGAAAUUCCAAGUGUAUCAGCUGAAGGCCAAGAGGAUGCCUUAUGUGAUGUUUGCCAUGAUCACUUUGAACAGUUCUAUAAUGAAGAGCGUGAAGAAUGGCAUCUGCGCAUGGCUAUUCGUGUAGACGGUCAUGUAUAUCAUCCAUUGUGUUACGAAGAUCUUAAGGCAUCAGAGGCAGCAGCAGCUGAAGAAGCAUCAUCUAUUGCAGAGGAUGCAGAAAACCAAGAAAGUACAAGUAAUUUAGACGAGCAGCCAGUGAAAGAGCCUGACCAAGUAGAUGGUGAAGAAAACAAAAAAAUGGAGGAAGAAAUCUCAGCUGAAAAAACUGAAUGCACAGAAGAAGCAAAGACAACUUCUGAAAAUGAGCAGCCUGAUGAGAAAGAAACAGUUAAAGCAGAAGUAAAAGAUGAAGCCAGUGAAAAUGACCUGGCAGAAGAUGUAAAGAAGUUGAAUGUUAAGGAGGAACCCAUGGAAAGUACAGAGGCAGAACAGACAGAGGAGACAGCAGAACCCAAGGUGAAGACAGAAAAUGAUGAUACUGAAGGUAUGAAUGAAGAUAUGGGUCCUCAGACACCACCUCCAUUACUUUUACCAUCUGUUGUGGAUACUACUCUGGCUGCAGUUGCCUGUACCAUAGACGGUAAUGUUCAGUUUGAGGAUGCUCCGACUCAGCCACCAGCCUUGUCAACAGGUCGCAUAAAAAUAAAUAUUGGAAAAAUGCCUGCACCUGCUGUUGUACCAGCAGUGGCCGAAAGUGACGGAGAUACUUCAGCAGAAGAACCACAUUCCCCACUACCCACAAGGCCACUGUCAACUGAUAUUACUGCACAGGCAGAAUCAGUUACAGUGCCUGUUGUGACCUGUGAAACUUUCCAACCACCACCACCUGGUGUUGAACCUGUUUCUCUUAAACCUCGUUUGGUUGGACUGAAGAUGACUGAGCUGCCUCCUGUUACACGUGGAACAGAACUGUCAGGCCUGUGCAGCAUUAUGUAAAGUGUAUAGUCCUUCCUUGUGUAAAGUUUUGUACAGCACAAAAAUAAAUUGUGUACAUUAUA